GUGCUGCAGCAGGUGGCGCGGGUCUCACUCACCAGCCAGCCCUCCGCCGGCUCACACACCCGUCUGCCUCCACCAAGCUGUAUACAGGAAUGGUCGAUUGCUCUUAACUGAAAAGACAAAGGUAAUCGACUUCGGAUAUGAGGCGUGGCUUGGCGUGGGUGUGGGUGUUGGUUGUUGGAUGUGGGCGUGGUGCAUGUGCGUCCGAGGUAACGGUGGGCGGGGGCGUGGUAAGGGGCGCGGUCAGGCAGAGCCAGAGUGGGCGGGAAUACCACGCUUUCAAUGCCAUUCCUUACGCCCAGCCGCCAGUUGGAAAGAACAGAUUUAUGCCGACGGUUGCCGGAGCAGAAUGGUCAGGAGUGCUGGACGCUACUCAGCCCAAACAGCCGUGCGCUCAGGCCGCCCUCGGCAUAACUGCUGGUGUUGAGGAUUGUCUCAAUUUAUAUGUAUACACUCCCAAGGUGCCGGCUCCGGAUGAUGUGGUGAGUCUGCCGGUGGUGGUGUGGCUCCAUGGCGGCAGCUUCGUGGUGGGCGGCGCCGCCUCCCUGGACGAGUCCUUCCUGAUGGACCGGGACAUCGUCCUCGUCAUUCCCCAGUACAGACUGGGUCUCUUAGGGUUUCUCGCCACCAGCACCGGACGCAUUCCAGGCAACAUGGGGAUGCUGGAUCAAGUAGAAGCACUUCGGUGGGUGCGCGACAACAUCGCUGCCUUUGGCGGCAAUCCUGAGGAAGUCACCCUUGCUGGAGACUGUGGAGGCGGGGCGGCCGCUAUCUACCACAUGCUGUCUCCGCUAUCGCAAGGUCUGUUCCAGCGCGUGUUAUCACUGUCCGGGUCGCCAUUGUCACCAUGGGCACUCAACUCCAGGACCCAUCGUUUCAUGCUCAUUCUGGCCAACAUACUAAAGUGUCCAGCCUACGACCAGAGUCUCUUCCUCAAGUGCCUCCAGGAGCUCGACCAGGCAGAGCUCCUCGAACCUACUCAAAUUGUUAUCGAGGGUCGCGACCCACUGGUGGGGAACCACAGGCUGGCGCCGCACGUGCAGAAGGCUGAGCAGAGCGACGAGAGCAGCCUCUUCCUUCACCAGCACCCGCUCAAGGGCCUCACUGAAGGCAGUUUCCACAAGGUGCCCGUCCUCAUGGGCGUGACCAGAGCUGUCGGCAGCUACCUCGUUGACAUGGAAUUUUACGAGUUGAUGGAGUACAAGCUAGCGAAUGACCAGGAGUUUCUCGGUAAACUUCUUGAGUUGUUACUCAAGGAAAACGAUAUUUCUGACUUCACAACACACGAGGAAGAGUUUGCGGAGUUCUAUUUUCCAGGAAUUAAGUUUAACAACAUCGACGAAAUCCUCCCGGGUCUAUCACAAAUGUUUGGAGACCUGCAGUUCAAGGCGGGAAUCCUCAGUGCUGCCAACCUUCUCUCAGAGCACGUGUUGACCCGCGUGUUAAGGUUCGAAUACAUGGGAGGACCCAAACUAUUUACUCUGCGCCACCCGGAUCCCUCAGAGGCGCCGCCCAUGCCUCCCGCCGUGGGCCACGGGGACGAGAUGAUGCUCCUCCUGCCGGAGCACGGACUCUUCAACCUCUCCAGCGAGCAGCGAGUCAUCAGCCGGGAUCUCAUUGACAUCGUGGAGAACUAUGCUUAUGGGCGAGUUCCUCGGGAAGACUGGCCCCUGUUUACAACUGAGAGUCAAGAGACGUUAGUGCUGGGCGAGGAUGGAUCGUUCUACCGCGAGAAGUUCACCAGCCCAGAGCACGCACAGAUGCUGUACAACAUCCACGCCUACCACCACCACGAUAUCCUAUUAGAGCUGGCCCAAGAGCAGGAGGAGCUUCAUGACGAACUAUGAUCCACGAGAAGUUCACCAGCCCUAAGAACACAACAUCCAUACCUCCCACCCUACAGGAGCUGACCCAAGAGCAGGAGGAUCUUCAUGACUAUGAUCCACGAUCAAUUCAGUAGUCCUAAGAACAUCAUGCACACCUACCAUCACCACGGCAUCCUGCAGGAGCUGACACAAGAGGAGGAAUUUCAUGACGAUCUGAUAUUACUCGAAAAUACCAAAUGCAUUUCCUAGUUUCAUUUCCUGUGCUAUCUGUUCAUUAUAUUAAUUACUAGGUGAUAAAUAGUUUCUUCAUUUGGCUCAUUGUUCAUAUAUACGUAAAAUUUAUUAUCUACCGAGACAGGAAAUUAUCGACAUCUUUGAGAUUUUUUUUUGUAGCCAAUUUUUCUCAAGUUUCAUCGUUCAUAUUUAUUCCAAGAGCUUAUUUUGUUUAUUAAAGUGGGUCAAGGUGAGAAGGUAUAGAUGAGAGAACAGGGAAUGAAACAUUUAGAUGUAUGAGAAAGAGGAAGUAUAGAGGGAGAAAACGAAAUAGGAAGAAGUAUAGAGAAAAAAAAAGACAGAAAUGUUGAGGGGGUUAGUGGACGAAGAGAGGUGGUGAGGGGGGGGGGAUAAAGAUAGAGGAAAGUGAAAGAGGAUUGGAAUGAGCAGAAAAAUAACAGCUUGGGGCAGGGUUCUCACAACCUGUCCUCUCAAAUAAAAGCAUUUUGACGUCAAAAUCCCCAAUGGACAAAAUAUGUUGUUCUAUAAAUCAUUCACAUUUUCUAUAUUAGUUUUAGUACAACAUUUUUUUGUACGUUGUGGCACAACGUACAAAAUUUCAAAGUGACCGAUGUUUUUUUUACUGGUUAGUCAAAACAAGAAUUUUGUCAACGGUUUCUUGAACCAUAAAUUAAGAUUUCGUGACCUUUUAAUAUUUACCUAAUGAGAAUUGUUCAAGAAAGUGUUAACAUAUACUAAAAAAAUCUCAACAUUGUGCCAGAUUUGCGACUAUCGUGAUGUAUGGCAGCAUGUAAGUAUUACCAUUAUAAACAAUGGUACACGUACAAUAAAUUUUAAUAGCCUA